UAGCAUGAAGCUACAUCGAUGCUAAGGAAGUAGCAGUGUUUACGGAUGAAGAAGACGGGCGUGGAGCAAAAUAAAGCUAGCAACCAACCCAACAGUGUUAAUGACAAAUAAAAACCAAAAGGCAGUUAUGUCUUACCUCGAGUAGAGAUUAAGUUAAGGAGAACCUAAGAUAUUGCUUCAGGAAGUUUUUUUUCUUUAUCAAAUGAGGCGUUUAGAAGCGGCGCAUUUGAGUUUGAAGUUAGCAUGCUAACGUUUGUUAUUCAUUUGUGACACUUUUAGAAAACUUUAACCACGCUUUUCCUUUUUAGCUUAACAGUCAUCGGUGAAACAUGGACUUUCUUACUUUGUUUGGAAUCUACGUUGGGGUGGUGCUGACCUGUAUAUUUCUAGUCUGCAAAUACUCAGGUCAGCAACACAGCCCCUUUAAUAAAUUGUUGAACUAUGUAACAAAGGUAAUCGCAUUAUUUACACCACAGUGGCUUCAAAGGUUUUCACAGUCGACUUUGCACAGGCUGUUUCAUCAAAGGAACAACAUGUUCAUCUAUCUGCACAUACUGCUGGAGGGAGCUGUGUAUGCAGAGUUCACCUUUGAAGUGUUUGGUUUCUGCAGGGAGAUGGACACUACUUUGACUAGCUUGUCUGUGCCUUACAUCCUUCUGGUGGUCAAGACCUUCUUAUUUUACCGCUGCAUAAAGACAGAUCCAGGCACAGUGACAAAGAGCAAAUUCUCUAGCCAGCUGCACGUCUAUUCAUACGACGGGAGACUGUUUCACCCUGGAGUCUCCUGUCCAACCUGCCAGCUUGUCAAACCAGCUCGCUCCAAACACUGCAGGGUCUGCGACAGGUGUGUCCAGCGUUUCGACCACCACUGUGUUUGGGUUAACAACUGCAUUGGUGCUCAGAAUACACACUACUUCCUGCUUUACCUCUUCAGCGUAUGCCUCAUGGCAGGUGACAUUGCCCUGCUGACAGGAGACAUGCUUCUUCAUGCUGUGCUGCGCUCUGGGCUCUUAAGAGCCAGUUAUAUAGAUGACUAUGGCCAGCAGCAGCCAGCUGGGCCUCUGUUUGUUGUACAGCAUCUCUUUCUGACCUUCCCCCGAAUUGUCUUCAUGCUGGGCUUCCUGGUCUUUGUCUUCUUCCUCCUGGCGGGUUACGCCCUGUUCCAUUCUUACCUGGGUAUUGUCAACCAGACCUCCAAUGAGUGGUACAAAAGUCGAGGUUAUUUUUGUCAACACUGCCAUCCAGCUGCAAUUGCUGAUCAUCUUUGCAACCCCGUCCCAGACCACUCAAAAAGAUACUACUACAGCCGAGGACUUCUCCGAAACCUGGGAGAGAUUUUUUUUCCUCCACAGGCUGUUCGGAAAAAGGACAACUGAAAAAGGGGUGAAAAGGGAAAAAAGGUGCCUUUUGUGUCGACUGGUUACAUUCACUACUAAUGAGAAAAUAAAGUGUUUUUGAUAUCUUUGA